UCUGACUCUAGUCUUUCAAACUUGACGCAGUCCAAACGUUUCAAUAAUGGUGAAGAAAUCUAAAGUACAGAUCAACCUCAAUGCUGCUAAUUCUUAUAAGGCUAAGAAUCUUGGUUCUAUAUCAAAGACUGUGAUAAAUGGUUCAGACCAUCUUGCUCCUGGCCCUGUUGUAUCAGUUAUAAAACCGAAUAAUGAAAGCAUUUAUGUGAGGCGUUCAAGGCGGCUCCAGUCUAUUCAGGAUCCAGACAUUGAGGAAAUAAAUGUUGUAGAUAGCGAAAAUGGAAAACUUGAAGCUGGUUAUGGAUACAAUGGUGGACAGAGGUUACUUGUUUCCUUUCGACAAAAUAAUAGCCCGCGUAUUGAUAAUUCGAAUAAUGGACCCUCAUCAAAUCAGAAGUCUGUGGAUGAAAAGAUUGAUGAUCUUAUAAAAGCAAUUGAAGGAUUUAAAACCAAUGGGGUACAUGCGAACGUGUCAUGUGAGGAUAACUCGGUUAACCACAUCUACAAGAGUUUAUACCUUGAGUCUCAAAAGAAGAUUGAAGCUUUAACUUUGGAAAAUCUUGAACUUGCAAGACUCUUGGAAAUUGCUCUAGGAAAACUUGAAGUGUAUGAGAACAUCAACAAAUCUACCUACACUGUUACUAUAUCAAGUCUGGAAAACGCUAUUGAAGCAUUGGUUAGUCCUACGUCUCAUGUUGGCCAGCCUUCUUUCACAGGUGGUGGUGCAAAUCUGGAUGGUGAUGGUUGCACGGUGGCAAAUAAGCCAACCACCAAGAAACGUAAAAAUCACCAACCAAGCAAGUGAGUUUGCUGUACUGUAAUCUAGUAACACAAACUCUCUCUUUGGAAUUAUAUUCUGGGUUAUAUGUUGUAGACUGUAGGAAUGUAAUGUAACUGCACUGAAUCUCUCGGUAGUUAAUAUAACUUGAAGCUUUUGGUUUUCGCCUA